AUGGACUUGACUCAGAUACACAAGUUGCCGCCGGCGGAGCAAGAUGCGAUCUUGGACGGUCCAGCACUCCCAUUGCCUCCCGGAGUAUCAGCGCCCAACUUCGAAAAUCCUCAGAAUAGUGACGCAUUGGCGUACGCAGCUGUUAGUAUUUGCUUGGCCGUGUCGUCUUUGGCCGUGCUGGUUCGCUUCUACGCCAAAUGCAUCCGCGGGAAGAAGAUAUUAGCCGAGGAUUACACUCGCUUUCUGAGUGGCCCACGCUUGUCACUCUGGCUUGUCUUUAACCCGUAUACACAGGGCGUUUUCAUCGGAUACAUCUACGUUACGUACUGGUUGCUUGACAUCAUUGGCUUCUUUGUUCAUCAGUGGGACGUUCGUCUCAGGGACUUCUGGACGCUCCUUUACAUCAUCCAUGUGGGCUCGAACUUCUACUCGGUCACGAUGUUGACAAUGAAGGCAUUGAUACUCAGAGAAUGGAGCCGUAUUUUCGUCCCUUUCGGCAUCAGGAAUGCCUUUUGGUGGACAUGUCACGUCGUCAUGGCAAUCAACGUCCUGUUUUAUGCCAUUGCGGUGUUUCUGGAAGACUUUUCCUGUUUUCCCUACCGCCGAAUCUGGGACAAGACUAUUCCGGGAUCUCAGUGCUUAGACUUCAAAGUCAUCAUACUGACCGGGGCUUCUAUCAACGUCAUCCUUGAUCUGAUCACAUUGAUCCUCCCCCAAAGGGCUAUCUGGUCUCUUCAGCUCUCUCGAAAUAAGAAGAUAGGCGUUUCUCUCGUUUUCGCCAUUGGUGUUUUGGCUUGCGGCUCGGCGACCUCACGGCUUGUUUACACGGUGUUCUAUUUCCGCUCAGAUGACACGGCCUUCACUCUUUCGGCACUGUCUCUGUGGCUCAUCGCCGAAAUGACCUGCAUGUUUAUCAUCUACGCUGGCCCGGCGGCUCCGAAGGCCUUCGCGAAGGCGGAGUGGAUGGGGAAGUUGAAGCGAACACUGAGAUCAUGGUCCAGAACAUCCUCCAACCAACCCACCGAUCAGACCGGUCACUCCUGGAACAAACACCAGGUAGACGCAGUGAACUCGCGGAAAGCGUACCGUAAGAUUGAUGAGUUCGAGCUUCGCACUAUUACGGCCACGGCCGCCGGAGAGAGUACGAAAGGUCUGAACAGGGAUCCGGACGACAGGAUCGAUUUCGGGACGGGCAUCAUGUGCACGAAGCAAUUCACGACUGCGGAGGAGUACGUCUAG